AUGUAUGAUUUAACAGAAUAUGAAGGCUUAACGAUGUCAGAUGUAAAGAAAGGCAAACCAAAAAAGAGACCAUAUAGAGUUGAAAGCACACUGACAAAUGACCAGAAAGCCAUUUUGGAAGCUCUUAAGCAAACAGGAAACCCAGCACUUAUAGAAAGCUUUUGGAAAGAUAAUGGUGAAAAGAAGUUUUAUAAGAGGAGAAGCGGUCAGUUCUGGAAGUAUCUUUGCACAUUACCUAUAAAUCUUGAACGCUACCAAAUCUUCAAUGAACUGAACAAAAGAACUGCAACACUUAUGACAGAAGAUAACUGCUUCGUUUAUGCUUGCAUUCAGGCUGGAGUAAAUGAAGAAACUAUUGACCACAUGAGAGAAGUCAUUCGUGUUAGAGACUUUCCUCAAAGUAAAGUACAAGAAAUUUCUGACGCAACAGGUAUAGCAUUUAAUGUUACCAUUGGUUACUUCAAUGACUCAAGACAUAAUGAAAUAAAGAGAUAUAUACCAAAAGAAUGUAAAACUGUUCGAACUAUUGACUUACUUCUUGUUGAAGACCAUUACAUGCUAAAUGAAAGAUUACCUAUGACAACAUAUUUUAUCAUAAAUUAUAAAGAAAUUCUCAAAGCUUGUGGUGGAAUGAACAUUGAGAAACAGAUGAAGAUUUAUACAAAGAGAGAGAACAAAUAUGUAGUUCGUUAUGAUAGAACAACACCGUUAUGGGAUGUUAUGAAAACAUUGUGGGAGUGCAAAUAUUUCGAACCUAUUUCUUAUGGAGAACUUUUCACAUAUACGACUGACUUAUAUAAACAGAACCUUGCACCAUUUAAAGAUUUGACAUAUGCUCCAAAGUAUUGUGUACAACUGAAGAAGAAAGCCGAGU